AUGGAAACUAACAACUUCGAAAGCAACCCUUCAGAGAAACAACAUUCUGAGAAAAAGCUUGAUACAGAUAUUGAUCCGAAUCCUGAUCCAACCCAUAAACCUGAACCUGAUCCUAAGCCUGACCCUGCUGACACUGGAACUUCCAAUUCAGGGCCUGACUCUCCAAAGCCAGCGGCUGAAGCUGAAGAUUUGGAGAAAACAACUGAUGUUGAUCAAGUUCAAGAUGAUGACAAUGUUGAAAAGGUUGAAGAGGCUCCUCAAGGAAUUCGUGAUACUCUCAAAUCAGUCUCUGAAGAAAUCGACCAGUUUCUUUUGAGCUUGUCAUCCUGGAAAGGCAAAAAGGAAAUUAAAGAUGACGAUAAGAAUGAUGAUGAUAAGAAAGAUGAUGAAAAGGAAGGAGAGAAUGAUGAGAAGGUGACCUCCAUAGAUAUUCCUGCAUUUGUUGAGAACUUUUUGAAUCUUGUUGGAGAGCUUGUUAUAGAAUAUGAAACCAGUACUGAAGGGAAAGGGAAAUGGGGCCAAGUUCCGGAGGAUGAUUUGGCAUUUCUGGAUGCUGUAAAUCAGGUUUCGAAGCUAACAAACUCCCUUUCUGAAUUCAAAUCUGAUCCAAAUAAUUGCACUUUGGUUAAUUACAGUGGAGGGAUCUACCAAAGAGCAAUGUCCUUCUUGGAGGAUCAAUUCAGAUUGCUUCUUGAAGAUUAUAAAGGCAACAAUGAAUUAGAACACAAUACCGACGCCAAAGGGAAGCAGCAAGAAGACAAAGAUAGCUGCGCGUUACCCGAAUCUGAUGAACAAGUCACCGAGAAAGAAGAAAAAGAAAAAGAAGAAGAAGACGAUUUCACCGGAUAUUCUAAACAUGUUGUUGCAAAUUUGAAUAGGAUCGCCAAGGAAAUGAUCUUAGGAGGAUACGAAUCUGAAUGCUAUCAGGUUUACGUGAUCACAAGGAGAUAUGUAUUUGAUGAGUGCUUGGACAAGCUGGGAUUCGAGAAGAUGAGCAUUGAUGAGGUGCAAAAAAUGCAUUGGGAAGCAUUGGAGUGCGAGAUCUCUGCAUGGAUCAAGACAUUCAAAGAUUGUGCAACAAUCUAUUUCGCUAAAGAACGCAAGUUUUGCGAGGCUGUUUUCUCUGAUUUCCCUUCAAUCUCUUCCUCCCUUUUCAGCAAUCUUGUGCGAGGAGUAAUGAUCCAGCUUCUCAAUUUCACUGAAGGUAUUUCAAUGACAAGGCCUUCUGCAGAGAAGCUAUUUAAGUUUCUAGACAUGUACGAAACUUUGCGUGACAGUAUUUCUGCAAUAAAUGCUUUAUUUCCUCAGGAAUCUGAAAAUGAGCUUAAACCAGAAAUGACAGCUGCUAAGUGUCGAAUUGGAGAGACUGCAAUUAGUAUAUUUUGUGAUUUAGAAAACUCCAUCAAAUCUGAUACAGGAAAAACCCCAGUUCCAGGUGGCGCCGUUCAUCCACUAACACGUUACACAAUGAACUACUUGAAGUAUGCUUGUGAAUACAUGACAACUCUUGAGCAGAUGUUCAAGGAACAUUCGAAGAUAGAACGAGCUGACUCAACGAGCAGGCCGCAUUUCGAAGGAAAGCCUCAAGAUUUUAAGAGCAACACCAAUGGUGGAGAAAACAGUUCACCAUUCUCUGCUCAAUUGAUGAGAGUUAUGGAUUUGCUAGACGCAAAUUUGGAAGCCAAAGCAAAGCUUUACAAGGAAAUAGAAUUGAGUAGCAUUUUCAUGAUGAACAAUGGACGAUACAUCUUGCAGAAGAUCAAAGGGUCUUCAGAGAUUCAUGAAGUGGUGGGAGACCCUUGGUUCCGAAGGAAAUCUUCAGAUCUUAGAAAUUUCCACAAGAGUUACCAGAGAGAGACGUGGGGAAAGCUGUUGAGUUACUUAGGCCACGAGGGUCUAUUAGUGCAUGGAAAAGUAGCGAAACCAGUGCUGAAAGAGAGGUUCAAGAACUUCAGCUUGAUGUUUGAUGAAAUCCACCGGACUCAGAGCACGUGGGUGGUAAGCGAUGAACAACUUCAGACUGAGCUUAGAGUUUCCAUAUCGGCGGUGGUAAUCCCGGCGUACAGAUCAUUCUGGGGGAGGUUUUCGCAUUAUUUGGAUCCCGGAAGGCAAUAUGAGAAGUACAUAAAAUACCAGCCUGAAGAUAUAGAAGAUUGUAUUGAGGAGCUUUUUGAUGGAAGGAAGCAUUGA